AUGAGUGUUCCCACUCCCUUGGUCCUGGUCCUGACCUCAGCGUCUCUGUGCUUUCUGAACGUCCUGGUAUUCCCGGACAUCUUCCCAGAUACUAAACUCACGACUCUGUUUGUUUCUGUGACGGGCGUAUUGCUCGUAGUUUGGGGGAUAUGGAGUGUUGGCAUAUAUCCCACCUUCUAUCAUCCAUUGCGACAUCUCCCUAGACCAAAGUUCGGUGCUAUACCAUUCAUCGGCUAUCCGAGGAUCAGCUUUAGGACACCGCGAGCUGCAGAUGCUAUGCUCGAGAUGAUUACUCAUACACCAAAUGACGGACUGAUCCAAUUCCCUGGGCUGCUCAACUCGACAUAUCUUUUGCCAACUGAUCCGGCGGCACUCGCGGAUAUCCUGGUACAUAAAAGUUAUGAUUUCGAGAAGCCGACCGAUAUUCGCAAAUUCCUGCGCAUCAUUUUGGGAGAUGGAUUGAUUCUGGUGGAGGGAGACGAGCAUAAGUUCCAGAGAAAGCACCUGUCUCCAGCAUUCAGCUUCCGUCAUAUAAAGGAACUAUACCCAAUCUUCUGGUCCAAAGCGACAGAUCUGUGCGGACGACUUGCGGCAGAGAUAUACGAAAAUCCAGAGCCGUCAACAGAGCUCAAGACGAGACACCGGGAAGGAGUCGUCGAGGUAAAUCACUGGGCGACGAAAGUCACAAUGGACAUUAUUGGACUUGCAGGUCUUGGUCGAGACUUCAACACCCUCUACUCUUCGGAUGACGAAUUAGUGGCCAGUUACGAGGAAAUACUCGAGCCUACCGUUCAGAAAGCUUUGUACUUCACGGCCAAUCUGUUGUUCUCUCCUGACUUGAUCAACAAACUUCCAUGGAAAUUGAAUCAACGGCUGAAAGCAACAAUGGGAACCUUGAGAGGUGCUUGUCGUCAACUGAUUCAAGAGAGGAAGGAGACCAAGCUUUCGGACCAGGAUGGAAAAGUGGAUAUCUUGUCAUUGUUGAUCAAAUCCAAUAACUUUGCUGAUGACAUGCUUGUGGAUCAGCUUUUGACUUUCUUAGCAGCUGGCCAUGAGACAACUUCGUCAUCACUCACUUGGGCCACUUACCUGCUUGCGAAGCAUCCCGAAAUUCAGGAGAAGCUAAGGGAGGAGAUUCGGACGAAUUUGCCAUCACCAUCUGCAGCCGCAAACCCAGACUUCGACUUGGGUGGGAUGCUUGAGACACUUCCCAUCUUGCACGGUGUAUGUAACGAAACUCUUCGCCUCUAUCCGCCAGUGCCUACCACGGUUCGAGUAGCCGUUCGCGACUCCAUGAUUGGUAACGAACAUAUCCCAGCCGGCACAAAGAUUUUCCUCUCGCCUUGGGGCAUCAACCGAUCACCAAAGUUGUGGGGAGAGUCUGCGUCUGAGUUCGUCCCUGAUCGUUGGAUUGAUGAAGAGACGGGAAAGCCGAACAAUCAUGGUGGCGUAAAGAGCAACUAUGCAACGCUGACCUUUUUGCAUGGACCUCGAAGUUGUAUUGGAGAAAAGUUUGCAAGAUCGGAAUUGAAAGCAUUGAUGGCUGUAUUUGCAGGGACAUUUAGACUGAACAUGGCGGAUCCAACCGAGGUCCCAAUUCCGGCUGGGGCGAUAACGACGAAACCGAAAAAUGGGAUGAGACUGAAGCUACAAAUUUUGGAAGGUUGGUAA